UGAGGAGAUAAUCGUUUAUUGUGCUUUCAUAAAAAGAAACACGAUCCCUUGUGGAAGUCUCUUGUGUAUUUCGUGUAGAGAAAUAAUAGAAAUAGUUGUUAAACGCAUAUGAUAAUUAUUAAGCAUUCUUGCGUGAGGUGCGAAGUGUGUUAGUGAAGAACGAGUGUGCACAAAAGGUUUAAAGGCGCCAGAACUGCAUUGGUUUCACACAAGAAAACCCGAAAAAUCCAGAAAUACAAAGCCUGGAUGACGGGACAAGUGACAACAUACUUUUGAGCAUUAGUGAAAGUGAACAUCAAAUAAAAAGUGAAAGUAUGGACAAUAAUACCGACGGAGACAACUUAAAUCUGAGCUGUGGGGAAAAUGAUAUAGUGGAUGAAUUAAAAAUUGCUGCAGAUGAAACUUAUGAUACACGUAGUGAAGUUUCAUCUAGUAGUUCAAACUCUGAUUCUAGUCAACCCAGUAUAAGCUCUGUUUCAACAAAAUCCUCACGUGGAGAUAAUAAGCGUAAUCGGAAAAAUAAGGGGAAACGUGCUAGGUCGAGAGAUUCUAAAUCUUCUAGCCCUGAAACAAAACGUGCAAGAUCUAAGGAAAGCAAAGGAGUUACUAAGAGCUAUGAUUAUGCCACAAAAUUAAAUUAUUUGUUUAGAGAUGCAAGAUUUUUCAUCAUCAAAUCAAACAAUGCUGAGAAUGUCACACUAUCAAAGGCUAAAGGAGUGUGGAGUACAUUACCACAAAAUGAAGCCAACUUAAAUCAAGCUUACAGGGAAUCAAGAAAUGUCCUGCUUGUUUUUUCUGUCAAAGAAUCAGGAAAAUUUGCUGGUUUUGCAAGACUAAGUACAGAAUCUAGAAGAGAUGGGGCACCAAUUUCUUGGGUGUUACCACCUGGACUAUCUGCAAAAGCUUUGGGUGGUGUAUUUAAAGUUGACUGGAUAUGUAGGAAGGAAUUACCAUUUACAGCAACAUUACACUUAUACAAUCCAUGGAAUGAUGGUAAGCAAGUAAAAAUUGGUCGCGAUGGGCAAGAAAUUGAACCAAGAGUUGCAGAAGAAUUGUGUAGAUUGUUUCCAGAAGAUGAAGGAAUUGAAAUGACUCCAAUUUUGAGAAAAUCUAAAGAAGCAGCAAAACAUAUUAUGAAAUCUCGUUCAUACCGAGAUAAUAGACCUGUUAAUAGCAGUUCAAGAUUUUUACGUUCGAGGGGUGGUAGAGGACGUAGGCUUUUCUUAACUUCACGAUCUCGUUUAGCUUCAUUAGCUAGAGGAUCUCAUUUAGCUGGUAAUGACCAUAGAGGAUCAAGAGAUCAUCACCAUCACCGAUAUGCUACUUGGUUUAAUCGAAGCGAUUCUCCGUAUUCCAAGGGAUACGGUAGUCCAGGAUUAGGUGUAGCUGCCGCAGCUGAAGCAUAUGUUGCGGAUUAUAUGCGUACUAUGCAACAUCAAUUGCCUCCUCUACCUCCUUAUGCUGCACCUCAUCCCUAUGAUUCUUUACCUCCACCACCACCGCCACCAAGAUAUUACGAUGGUUUACCAUUGCCACCUGAUUAUAGUGCAGCGGCGUCCGCACUUGAAAAGCGUAGUUAUGAAAGAAGUGUAGAUGAAUUCUUAUGGAGAACAGCAAGUCGACAUAGUCGACACAGUGACCACCGAUCCUCCCGUGAUCAUCACCAUAGAUAUAGAGAUCGUAGAUAAAAAAAUUUGAAUAUUAUCUUCAUCCAUCUACUCUUUCCUUUCUUAAUUCAUGCACACAUUGUAAGGGCU